CGCUCUGGGGCGUCUCUGUGGUUUGAGCUCCCCGCGGUAGCGGCCGGGGCGUUUUGAGGAGGUUUUGGGGGAUUUGGGGAUUUUUUUGGGGGGCCCCGACAGGUUUUGGGGAGCCUUCGUUAAACCUUUCUGCCCCCGGAGCGGCUCCGCUACCGCUGGUGCGCCCCGCCAUGGCGCAGGCCCGGGGGGUGAACAGCCUGCGCUUCAACCAGGACCAGAGCUGUUUCUGUGUCGCCAUGGACUCGGGGGUCCGGAUCUUCAACGUGGAGCCACUGAUGGAAAAGGGGCACCUCGAUGCGGAGCAGGUGGGCAGCGUGGGGCUCGUGGAGAUGCUGCACCGCUCCAACCUGCUGGCCAUCGUGGGCGGGGGCAGCCACCCCAAAUUCCCCGACGCCUCAGUGCUGAUCUGGGACGAUGCCCGGGAGGGGAAGGACAAACUGGUGCUGGAGUUCAGCUUCCCCAAACCAGUGCUGGCCGUGCGCAUGCGGCACGACAGGCUGGUGGUGGCCCUGCAGAGCCGCCUGUUCGUGUUCUCCUUCCCACACCGGCCCUGCAAGCUCUUCGAGUUCGACACCCGUGACAACCCCAAAGGGAUCGUGGAUCUCUGUCCCAGUUUGGAACGUGCCUUACUGGUGUUCCCGGGCCACAAGUGCGGCAGCCUGCAGCUGGUGGACCUGGGCUCGGCCAAGCCGGGCACGUCCUCGGCUCCGGUGACGAUCAACGCGCACCAGAGCGAGGUUGGCUGCGCCGCCCUGAGCCCCCCGGGCACCUUGGUGGCCUCGGCCUCGCGCAGGGGGACCCUGAUCCGCCUGUUCUGCACCCAGAGCCGCGCCCGCCUGCUCGAGCUGCGCCGCGGCACCGACCCCGCCACGCUCUACUGCCUGGCCUUCAGCCCCGACUGCUCCUUCCUGUGCGCGGUCAGUGACAAAGGCACCGGCCACGUCUUCGCCCUGCGGGACACGCGGCUCAACCGGCGCUCGGCGCUGGCCCGGGUGGGGAAGGUGGGCCCCGUGCUGGGUCCCUACGUGGAGUCCCAGUGGUCCCUGGCGAGCUUCACCGUCCCGGCCGAGGCCCCCGGGGUGUGCGCCUUCGGCAGGGCCGGCCGCAGCCCCAGCUCCGUCAUCGCCGUGUGUGUGGACGGGACCUUCCACAAAUACGUGUUCAGCCCCGACGGCAACUGCAACCGCGAGGCCUUUGACGUCUUCCUGGACAUCUGUGACGACGAUGACUUCUGACCCCCCCGGGACCCCCCCCAAAACCCCGGGGGAGCCCCAAAACUCCCAGAGCACCCCGA